AUGAGACCUGUUUGGCUGCCCGCUUUGGCCGGUCUUUUUGCGGCCGGAGAGCAGUGCUGGCCGGAGAGCGAUGGAAAUCCUUUGCUCCAAGUCUCUCACAGAAGCCUCAACACAAGUUUUGCAAAGCAAUCCCCACGGCAAGUGGGUGACGAAUGCACCGUCGACUCUGAUUGUGCCAGUGGGGUCUGUGCGAUGACCUGGUUUGGCUUUGCGGGCUUUUCAUCAUCUCAGGGAUAUGCGCUGAGGGCUUGUCAAGCAAAGUUGCAAGACUACAGGAUUCAGCUGAAGCAAAAAGCGGCAGGAAGUCCAAAGAUGACGAAGAAGCUGCGACCGAUCCUCAAUCGAGCGAAAAAAGCAUGGGAAGCAGUGAUCCGAGGCUUAUCGCUUCUACCUGGCGAGUCAGAUGGGAGCCAAAUAAUGGUCCUUGAGUAUGCCUUUCUGAGCAGCAGACAAUUUGGAAGGAUGUAUUGCGGAUGCAACAAUGCCUGUUGCAAGGAUGCGUUUGGCUCCUCUGGUCCUCUGAAAUUCAAGCUGGCAGAUCCGACACAAGGAUUGCGAGGCGUAGUGGUCAGAGCAGAGGUUGUGUUCAACAUCAUCAAGCUUCAGCAGUACUUGAACACCCAAUUUCUUGAUGUGCUUUUCCUGCGCGAGAUGGGCGUAGCACUCGGUAUUGGUUCCAUGUGGCAAUUCAAAGGCAUUGCAUAUGAGGAAGAUCCCGACACGAGGAACACCCUCUCAAAGCUCUAUGCCAGCUCCGGGCCGGCGACCGGUGGCUUGUUCCUUCCAACUGAGGGCAUUAGUAGCCAUGGUGUUUACCAACUGACGAACGACUGGCGAAGGUUUCCCUUGCCGAAGCCCGUGUCAGGGCCACCGAACUUCGACAUCGGGUAUGACAAGGAUGUGAUGAGGGUCACAUUGCUCCGCAACAGCUGGAUUGGGCCCCAAAGUGUGGGAUUCUUGUACGACUUGGGCUUCACCGUUGACUACAGCGCGGCCGGGAAGUUUUCGUCCUUUGCCCCAACUGGAUCAUUGUGCAGAGGUUGCAACGCGAGGCCCAGGCUGUACAGGCCUGAGACGCGCGUCCAGGACCGGGAUGGGACGAUCCGAGUGAUCCCUGGACGUGGCUUCUCGACGCUAGGUCUAGAUGCCGAGCUCAAAGAGGACGCUGUUGGAGCUAUCAAUCCUGCAGAGACACCCUGUAAUAGCAAUCGAGACUGUGUGAGUGGCAUUUGCGUGACCACGAUACUGGGCUUCCUGCAGUCGAACGGUUAUGACCUGGAGAGCCAAAGCGUGGAUGGUUUCUCUCCAAAGGUCUGCAAACCCAAGUUCUACGACUUCAACAUUGCACUCUCUACUGAAACGGAUGCCUUUCCCCAGUACAAUUUCAUCAUAGAGGAGGCGAGACAGAAGUGGCAGAGCAUCAUUCGUGGCAUUGCCAGGCCGCUGAGAGGCAACCGUGUACCUGGAGAUCUGGAAAUCAAGUUUGAUUUCUUCAACGAGAACAGCAACACUUUAGGAUCUGCGGGGCCACAGGAGGUUGAUUUCUAUGACUCCAUCGAUGGCAGUUACUUUUUGACCCGUCGCGGUGGCAUGAAGUUCAAUGCCCGCUUUUUGGAGAAUAAUUUGAUUGACUUGGACACGUUCAAAGCAGUGGUUUUGCAUGAGAUGGGGCACAUCUUGCUGAUUGGUUUGUGGGACCUUUUGACCACUUUUGCUGAAUGCCAAGUGGAAUCGAAGUUUACAGACGCUUACUUGGAUGGUGCUGGAAAUGCGGCCAUGGGGCACUACCUCCUCUCGAAGCAAUGGACAAAGGCGAUCAAAACACCCUUGCGGCUUUAUCGGACUCCUAGUCUUACAGCUCCUGGUAGCGAUUGCGGCCAUUGGGAUGAGAGGCUUUUGGACAAUGAGCUCAUGACGCCCUUUGUGAGCAGUGCUGCCUCAUUGCCACUGAGCAUCAUCACAGCUGGAGGCCUGGAAGACCUUGGUUACACGAUCGACUACAGGAAGUGUGACAUUUGGCCAGAUGCGAACACGGAUUCGUCCUUGUACACCUUCUACCCCAAACGCCUGGAAAACCGCAAGAGCAGCUUUGCUGAAGCGAAGAAUGUGGCGAGAGAUUGGUUCAUGAAGCCGCUGGACGUGAAGAUCAUCUACAAUGAGAAGGUGAUCACCACGAUCCCCGGUGAUCGAGACCUCAAAGGAAUCUUGAAAGCCAAGAAGGAGCUUCAAGAGUUCUUGCAGAAGCUUCACCCAAGGAACAGCACGAGGAAUGCCCACGCAGCGUGA